CCUCACAACUCUCUUUCCACUACGCUCUCUCUCUCUCCCUCUCCCUCUCUCGGCUUCUCCUUAUCCUCCCCCGGUCCCUCCCCAGCCCCCGCCCGCCGCCCCCCACACUCCCCGCGCACUCGCAAACCCCUCAGCCGGCACUGACGAGACAUCAGCCCAGAGACUCACACUCACUCCCGCCACCUCGGAGUCUUCCUCUCGUGCUGGUCCCGUCUCCUCUCUCUUCUUUCCCUCCUCCCCCGUCCCCAGCGUCCCUCCGUCAUCAGCAGCGAGGUGGGGAGUGUGCGGGAGUGCGCAGAGCGGGGAGAGGGGCGCCAGGGAGAUAAGGCGUGAGGGAGGUGUGAGUGCAGCCCCAAGACGAGAGGGAGGGAGUCGCGCGCUUCUUCAAGGAGUGGUCGAUGGUCGCGAGUCAUCGGUACACACACAACCACGCUGCUCCUCCUCCUGACGUUGUGUGUGCGUAGCAGAGUAAGAGAAAGACUCAUGUUUGUGGUUGGCAGGCAGUGAGGACAGUGGCUGGCAGCAGCAUGGUGCAGGCCGCGCGCUGCUCGCCGACCCCGUGACUCAGGCCGGCGCGCCCUACACAUAGUGAUGACUUCGUGAGGCGCGGAGGCAGCCAGGUGCACCGGCAGGUUGUGACUGAGGAUGCUGGAGGGCGUCGGCAUGCCUCUGGUGUACAGUGCAGGUGGGGCCGGCGGGCGCGAGCAGCGGCGGCCCAUGUGGACGCAGCACGAGAAGGCGGUGCUGCGGCUGCUGAUGCGUCAGUACGCCGGCGUGACGGAGUUCGACCCUCCUGACGUGCACAAGCAUCCCAUCAGGAACGAGAUGUGGCGGCUGCUGACGGCGCGAUACAACGCCCACCCGCACGUUAGGUCCCGCGACACCAAGCAGCUCCGCAAGGCGUGGGAGAACCUCAAGUACCGCGCCCGCAAGCUGGGCUCCGAGAGUCAGCGCAGCGGGCGCCAGCAGAACGCCGCCGCGGAGUCGAGCUGGCCGCUGGACGGCGUGACGCUGCCCGGGGCGGCGCCCUCCACCCCCGCAUCCCCACCUAGGGAGGCAGGGGAGGUGGGUGACUGGAAGGACGCUGAUGAAGAGUCGCAGAGGAUUCUGGACGACGAGGAGGAUGUAGAGAAGGUGGUGAAGGAAGAGGUGGAGGAGGACUCGCUGGCCACGCAGGACAGGUCUAGCCACACUCCGCCUGCCAGCGAGCGAGGCCCCACCGUGCUGAGCCUGCACCCGCUGGUCUCGUCACUCCUUGGGGGAGGCCUGGGCUCGCUGGCCACUACGUUGCCCUUCCUCACCUCCCCCUCCUCCCCGCUGGCCACGGGGCUACUCCUCCCGCAGGUGGUGUCCUCUCUGUCGGGCAGGGAGCUGGACAGCAGGAGCACCAUCUUGAGGUCUUCCAUAGACGCCGCCUCAUCGCCCACAGCAGUCACCUCCGCCGCGCCCACCUCCACCACCACUACCUCAGACACAAGCAUUUCUACCUCAGGGGCGUCCGUCGUCCUCAACGGUGUUUCUCAGGCAUUCUCAAACACCUCGACGGACGCCGCCUCCCCCUCCUCCCCCUGCCCAGAGAAGCAACCGGGAGAAUCCGUCACCGAGCCACCCCUCGCCCAGGAGCGCCUGCACCAGCGCGUGGCGGGCGUGGAGGCGUCCAUCCGCAAUACGGAGGAGCAGCACCAGGCACAGAUGCAGCUGCUGAGGCUGCAGAUGGCGCAGGCGGUGACGGAGCACGACGCCAAGAUGCGAGUGUUGGCCACACAGCUGGAGUACUGGCAGAGGCGCCUCCGUGUGCAGCAGCAAGUGUCAGACGUGCUGUCCGUCACCACUCAGCAGGAGCCCGAGGCGGAGGACGAGCAGCUGCCUUGACCCCACGUCCCCGUCAGCUGGCUCCUGUCCCUGCCACGGGUGGCCGAGCACAGGCUGGGUGCCGGGUGCUGCUGGCCAGGUUGUGAGUGACUGACUGUCCAAGUUUAGUGUUGAUAUCUAGGUCUUGUCGGCGUCGGGUAGCACUGCACGCGCUUGUGUGGUUUAAUCAUUCCAGGUGUUUUGAGUGUCAGCAGGUCGUGGCGCGGCGGCCUCGGCCUCCCGCCGUGACCAGUAGGGUGUUCGACGUAAGGAAACAAGUAUUACUAUACAUUGCUGUUUGUGACCUCAGGCGUGGCGUAUGUCGGUGUGUGUGUGUGUGUGUGUGUGUGUGUGUGUGUGUGUGUGUGUGUGUGUGUGUGUGUGUGUGUGUGUGAGUGAGUGAGUGAGUGAGUGAGUGAGUGAGUGAGUAAGUGAGUGAAGAGUGAGUGGUGAGGUGGUGUUAGCGGUAUGAGUGUGGCACACAGAGCUGGGAAGUGUAGGUAUCGUGGACACUUUGGUUUUGUUAGCGCAACGCUUGGUUAGUGAGGAGGGGUCCACCCCCGCCCAUCCCUCGUCUCCCAGAAGCGGCUUCCAUUCCUGCACUGCAUAAAGCAACAGAGUACUACGGGUCCUGGGCUUCCCGCGAGGCGUCGACGCCGCGGCCCCCGUGGGCGGCCCAGCGCUUCCUGAUCAUCAAAUCGUAACGUAAGCAAGAGGGGCGUGGAGGAGGAAUUCCGGCUACCUGGGAAACCUCUUACCCGGCACGACCAGGAUUUUGUUUUGCUAGAGUCACUUCAGGUGGGCUGCUGCUGCUGCUGCAACACCUCAGCUUUAACCCGCCGCCACCACCGCCGCCGCCGCCGCAGGACUCCCUCCCGGGGCGCGGGGCGCCGCCCCCGCCCUGGAGAAGGAAGUUGGCGGCGUGCAGGCUGGAGCUUCCCGGCGGGUGGGCAGCCUCAGCACUGUACAUAACAGUAUACCUGACCAUUGUAUUUACACAGAUAUUAUAUUUUUAGUAAGAUUAUGUGCUAUACCGCUAAUAAAUAUUAUAAAACAUUA